AUGUCUGUUAUAUACGACUUCACGGGUAAAGUAGUGUUGAUAACGGGCUCGAGUUCGGGCAUCGGUGCGGCCACUGCUGUCCAGUUUAGUAAAGCCGGCGCCCAAGUGGUGGUCACCGGACCUCCUGAUCGUCUACCCAUAGAUACGGCCAAAGAGUGUCUGAAAGUAUCGCCGAAAGGGUUGAAAGCACUGGAAGUGACGGCAGAUGUGACCAAACGGAAAGACAUGCGACGAGUCGUCGACCAGACUAUCAAACAUUUCGGUAAACUUGAUAUUCUCGUCAAUAACGCCGGCGCCGGGAUUCCCACCCGUAUUGACGACAUCGACUAUUACGACAAGUUUGAGAAAAUAAUGGCAAUUAAUCUCAAUUCUGUGGUCUAUUUGACGAAUAUAUGUGUCGAGCAUUUGGAGAAAACUAAAGGAAACAUCAUUAAUGUCUCGAGUGUCGCCGGUUUGAUAGCGUCUGUCGGCUUUUCACCAUAUAAUAUAUCAAAGUGUGCUAUUGAUAUGUUUACUAAGUGUAUGGCUGCCAAGUUGGGACCUAAACGCAUCCGGGUUAAUACUAUUAGGUUAAACACCUGA